CCCCGGACGUCCAUCCCACUCGAGAGACCUUAAAAUGCCCCAUGGGCAAAGGCGCCAAGCGCAAGAACCAGUCCAUUUGCGAUAAGUUCGCCCUCAUGGCCGUCAAACUCGUCAAGGACUCCUCCUUCGUCAUCGCCAAGAUGACUCUCGGCUCACCUUCCGGCCGCAUCGCCAGAGAUGCGCCCAUCGAGGCUUCUCCGUCGCUGCCGCGGGAGCCGACCACGCCCAUGCUGCGGGUGGAGCGUGUGAGCCAUUUCCAAGACUACGUAGCGGAGCCCGACGAUGGCGACAGCAUUGACCGCCAGGCCGCUGACUAUAUACGGGAGGUUAAGCAGAAGCUGAUCAGCCAAUCCGAUCCAGAUGCAGUGGCUGAUGUUUUCAAUUCCAUCCCACCCCCACCCCCACCCCCGACCCCCGCCCCCGCCCCCGCCCCCGCGUCCCAAUAG